AUGACGUGGACUCUGGGUGUCCUCUGCCUCCUCAUCGCUGCAUCCUGUGCGCUGGAGGUGUGCUACGACGAGCUGGGCUGCUUCGAAGACCUGCCGCCGUGGGGGGGCACCGCCCAGAGGCCCGCCGCCAUCCUGCCCUGGUCUCCCCAGGAGGUGGGCACCCGCUUCCUCCUCUUCACGCAGAAGAACCGCUACUACCAGGAGAUCAAACCCGAUCAAAGCAUCCAGGCGUCAAACUACGGCGGCAGGAGGAAGACUCGGUUUGUCAUCCCAGGCCUGGUGGUGACAGACGAUGAGGACUGGCCUCAGGAGAUGUGCAAGGUCAUGGUGAAGCAGGAGAACGUCAACUGCAUCGCUGUGGAGUGGAAGAAAGGAGCCCGGACGCAAUAUGCUCAGGCCGCCAACAACGCCAGGGUGGUGGGAGCCCAGGUGGCGUCCAUGCUGUCCUUCCUCAUGGGCCGCUACAAGCAGACCGCAGACAAGUUCCACAUCAUCGGCCACGGCGUGGGAGCUCACGCCGCCGGGGAGGCCGGCAGCCGGACACCGGGCCUGGCCCGCAUCACAGGACUGGACCCGGCCGAGCCGUACUUCCAGGACACGGAUGCGGCGGUGCGCCUGGACGCCGGCGACGCCUCCUUCGUGGACGCCAUCCACACCGACGCCCUGCCCUUCAGCUCCGGCCUGGGCCUGGGCAUGAGCCGGCCGGUGGGCCACGCCGACUUCUACCCCAACGGAGAGCUGAUGCCCGGCUGCUCCGCCAACAGAGGACCGCCCAGCGAGCUGGACGCCAUCUGGCAGGGCGACUCACGGUUCGAUGCCUGUAACCACGCCCGGGCCUACCUGUACUACGAGGAGAGCCUGGUCCAGCCGCGGGGCUUCGUGGGAUUCCCCUGCUCCGACAGCAAGGCCUUCGCCGCCGGACAGUGUUUCUCCUGCCCAGACGGCUCCUGUCCUCUCAUGGGACACCAUGCUGACAAGUCUGCCGGGACGGACGGCGUCUCAAAGACAAAGUACUUCCUCAACACCGGCCGAACGGCGCCCUUCAGCCGUUACAGCUUCAGAGUCAGCCUGACCCUGGACGGCCCCAGUUGGCCCAACCCGGGCUUCAUGUACGUGGCGCUGGCGGGACAGUACGGCACCACCCAGGAGCACCAGCUCCACGUCGGCACGCUGGUGCCGGGACGGACGUACGACAUGCUGCUGGACGCGGAGCUGGACGUGGGCCGGGUGGAGGAGGUGAGGUUCCGCUGGAACAACCACAUCCUGAACCCCAUGCGGCCGCGGUACGGCGCCUCCCGGGUGGCGCUGCAGCGAGGAUCGGACCAGGAGACCAUGCAGUUCUGUGGAAUGGAGACCGUGGUGGAGAACGCCGUCCAGGCCGUGCCCCCCUGCUGA